AUGCGUCUUCUAGAACGCAACAACGAUGGCGAGUUCAGCCUGACCAAGGACUUCGGCGACCACGUCUUUCGGUAUGCCAUACUUUCGCACACAUGGGGAGCAGAUACAGAGGAGGUCACCUUUAGAGACCUGAUGGAUGGCACAGGUAAGAGCAAGGCUGGCUAUGGCAAGAUUCGAUUUUGCGGAGAACAGGCCAGACGCGACGGCUUGUACUACUUUUGGGUAGACACAUGUUGUAUCGACAAAUCGAACAAUACUGAACUUGCAGAGGCCAUCAACUCUAUGUUUCGCUGGUACCGCGAGUCGACUAAAUGCUACGUCUAUCUAUCAGAUGUUUCGAUAACGAAACCGAACACAAGUACUCCAUUGUCCGAGUUUACUUGGGAAUCAGCCUUUCGGGCAAGUAGAUGGUUUACACGGGGUUGGACCCUUCAAGAACUGCUUGCCCCAGAUUCAGUUGAACUCUUCUCCCGAGCAGGCAAGCGACUAGGCGAUAAAAAAACUCUAGAGCAACAAAUUCAUGAGAUAACAGGAAUUGCUGUUUUAGCACUUCAAGGAGCCCCUCUGUCCCAGUUCAGAGUCGAUGACCGAUUGCUGUGGGCAGAAAAUCGGCAGACCGCGCGCAAAGAAGACAAGGCGUACUCGCUACUAGGUAUAUUUAACGUCUAUAUGCCGCUUAUCUAUGGCGAAGGGAGAGAUAAUGUGUUAAUCCGGCUCAGGGAGGAGAUCGACAAAUCUUCAAGGAAACUUGAUCGUCUUCCAUCUCCCAAACAACAACAUGAAUUGUAUAUUACAGAAGGGACAUCAUACAGGCCACUGAAAUACUCAUGCCCAAAUUUUACCGGCCGUGCAGACUUUAUUAGCCGAUUAAGAGAUUUCUUUGGGCCCGAGACGACAUCGCGGCUCCGCAGGAGGGACUUCGUACUAUAUGGUUUAGGCGGCUGUGGCAAGACGCAAAUAUGCCUGAAGUUCGCGGAAGAAAGCACUCACAUGUUUUGGAAGAUAUUCUGGAUCGAUGCGACAAGCGCUACGACUCUAGAUUUAUCAUUCAGGGAGAUUGCUCUCGAUCCAGCAGCCACAUAUGAUGGAGUAGAAGACUCGAUAGAUUCGAUUGUUCGGUGGCUUUCUCGUCAGGACAAAGAGUGGCUUGUGAUUUUUGACAAUGCCGACGAGGAACCAGAGACUGUUGAAAGGUUCCUUGCCCCCAGUAAUCGUGGAAACACUUUAAUUACAAGCAGAAACCCGAAUAUGCGUCAAUUAGUGCACGAAGGAGCGUUUGCACAAGUUGAACAAAUGGAAGAAGGAGAGGCGAUUUCUCUCUUGUGCAUGGUUGCUCAUAUUACUAACCCAUCCGAUGAGACCCUUGCCAGGCUGAGGUUGAUAGUCAAUGAGCUUGGAUUUAUCCCCCUUGCCAUUCGCCAUGCCGGGGUCGCGAUUGCGCAUGGAUUUUGCAACUACCGCGACUACCUCGAGAUGUUCCACCAGCACCCUUUGCGACUACUUGCUCAUCCAUCCUUUAAGGGGGCAUCACAAUAUGACCUCAAUUUAAUUGCUACCUGGGAGACAUCUCUUGUCGCAAUCCAGGGGAAUGCCGUCACUGAGGGAGGCCAAGUUCUCAACAGCGCACUCCACAUUUUCCGGAUUUUUUCAUUCUUCCACCCAAACGGUAUAAUGGACGACAUUUUUAGAAGAGCUGCAAGCUUUGGCGAUGCACUACCGCCAGACGAAAAUUUCUCUCCGGCCUUAGGGCUACCAGAAGCAAGGGACCAUCUCCCAAGGCAUAUCCUUCCAACCCACGAACAAGGCGGCUGGGACCCAAUUAUAUUCAAAGAAGCGAUCAGAAUGCUCUUGAAGCAUUCGUUCAUCCAAAUUGAUGUCUCGAAUGGUGUAUAUUCAGUCCAUCCUCUGGUACAAUACUGGGCGAGACACCGAAUGACGAAGGAAGAGCAAGCGGAUGCUUUCCGUACAGCCACUGCCCUUUUGGCCACUGCAGCUGGGUCACGAAGCACCGAGGAAAAUUACACAUUCCGCCGGCAGCUGAUCCCUCACGUGCAUGCUUUGUAUCAGUUCCGAGUCGAAACAGGUCUUCCUGACCAGUAUUAUGAUGAUGCGUCCAAUUAUUUUUGGACUUUAUAUGAAGAGAAUGAGUACUGGAAGGAUGCAGAAAAAUUAGGGCAGACAGUGAUGAAGAAAAGACUUGGCGUCCUCGGAGAGACCCACCCGAGCACGGUUGAAUCUAUGGCUCGCCUAGCUCUGACUCUCCGACAACUCGACUCUGGGAAGGGGCUGAAAAAUUGCAGCAGAAGGCGCUAG